AAAUGUUUAAGGUUUUGGGAGCUUUGGCAGUGAUCGUCGCUUUGGCGAGCGCUGAGUUGCACCGCGUGCCCGUGCACAAGCGUGAGAACUUCGUGAAGACGCGUGAGAAUGUGCUGGCCGAGAAGGCCUUCCUCCGCUCCAAAUACCGCCUGCCCACCCCACGCGCUCUCAACGAGGAGGAGCUCUCCAACUCCCUGAACAUGGCCUACUAUGGUGAGAUCACCAUUGGCACACCCCCCCAGUCCUUCGAGGUGUUGUUCGAUUCUGGCUCCUCUAACCUGUGGGUGCCUUCCAACACCUGCCCGAGCACCGGUUGUCUGAAUCACAAGCAGUACGACUCGAGCGCCUCCAGCACCUAUGUGGCCAAUGGUGAGAGCUUCGCCAUCCAGUAUGGCUCUGGCAGUCUGUCCGGCUUCCUGUCCACCGAUACUGUCGAUGUCAAUGGCCUGACCAUCACCAGCCAGACCUUUGCCGAGGCCACCUCUGAGCCAGGCACCAACUUCAACGACGCCAACUUCGAUGGUAUUCUUGGCAUGGCCUACGAAUCCCUGGCUGUCGAUAGCGUCGUCCCUCCCUUCUACAACAUGGUGUCUCAGGGUCUGGUUGAUAGCUCUGUGUUCUCCUUCUACUUGGCCCGUGCUGGCUCUGCCACAGAUGGUGGUGAGCUGAUCUUCGGUGGCUCCGACUCCAGCCUGUACACCGGCUCUCUGACCUAUGUGCCCAUCUCCGAGCAGGGAUAUUGGCAAUUCACCAUGGCCAGCGCCACCAUCGAUGGAUACUCGGUGUGCAGCAGCUGCCAGGCCAUCGCCGAUACCGGCACUUCCCUCAUUGUCGCCCCCGAAGAUGCCUAUGAGAUCAUCAGCGAGCUGAUUGGUGCUGACACAAGCGAUGGCAAUCUGGUCGAUUGCUCCUCGGUUAGCUCAAUGCCGGUUCUCACCCUGAACAUUGGCGGCACCGACUUCACUCUGGAACCCUCUGCCUACAUCAUUCAGUCGACAGACAGCGAUGGCACCGUCUCCUGCAUGUCCGCUUUCGAAUAUAUGGGCACCGAUUUCUGGAUCUUGGGUGAUGUCUUCAUUGGUCAAUACUAUACUGAGUUCGAUUUGGGCAACAACCGCAUCGGUUUCGCUCCAGUCGCCUAAGCAGCCUAUCCAUACUUGUAGUAUCUUGUAGUACCAAAUAAACAAAGGCAAGUUGCGCCGAUGGUUAUACUAUAUCCUUACAAAUGUA